GACUACGUCGAUCGUGGCCUAUUCAGCGUCGAAACGAUCUCCCUCCUAGUCUGUCUGAAGCUGCGAUACCCUCAACGUGUCCAUCUCAUCCGGGGCAACCACGAAUCUCGUGGUGUCACCCAGUCUUAUGGGUUCUACACUGAGUGCGCGAGGAAGUACGGAAACGCCAACGUCUGGCACUACUUCACCGACAUGUUCGACUUCCUCACCCUCAGCGUUGUGAUCAACGACCAGAUCUUCUGUGUGCACGGGGGCCUCUCACCCUCCAUCCACUCGAUCGACCAGAUCAAGAUCAUCGACCGGUUCCGUGAAAUCCCCCACGAAGGACCGAUGGCCGACCUGGUCUGGUCAGAUCCGGACACCGAGCAUGAUGAGUUCUCCCUGUCACCCCGAGGGGCCGGGUACACGUUUGGUGCGCAGGUGGUACGCAAAUUCCUCGAGGUCAACAGCAUGUCGCACAUUCUCCGUGCCCACCAGCUCUGUCAGGAGGGGUAUCAGAUCCUGUAUGAUGACCGGCUGAGCACAGUCUGGAGUGCGCCCAAUUACUGCUACCGAUGCGGCAACCUGGCCAGCGUUCUUGAAGUGAGCGACUCGGGAGAGAGGUUCUUCAACAUCUUCGACGCGGCUCCGGAGAACGAUAUCCACCGGAGCGAGCAGGCAGCACAACAGAACAAGGAUGGACAGAACCCAGCGAUUGACUACUUUUUGUGA